AGAGAGGCAGGUUUCUCCAACUUUUGUUGUCCCUCCUCCCCUCGCGAGUGCUGUUUUAAAUAGCGAGAGGCAGGUGUGACAUCGACACAAAGUCAAAACUCCUUCUCUAGCGCACCUUACAGUAACCGUGAAGACAACUUGUUCAAGGAGAACCACGACGCUUUUCGAUUCAAUAAACCUUCCCAAGUCAACAAAUUACAGGUAAGGUUUCCAUCUCUUUUAUCUGAUGAUGUGGAUAUAUACAAAUAGCGAUUUAUUAGUUUUUAUGUUUUUUUUCACGUUUCACUUCAUGACGGCAUUUUCAACACUGACAUAAUGGCAGUCUAUUAUUUGCAGCUGUUCGCUUGAUGAAUGGGUAGCCUACACUAUCAGAUCAUACAUUAUAAACCGUUUUGGAAUACGGACGUUUUUGUGGUUCUUGUCUCAUGAUUUAAUUAAAUUAAGGGAUCUACUAAAUUAACAGUGGUGGAAAAAGUACUCAAUUGAUAUAUUUGACUAAAGUAAAGAUACCUUAAUGGAAAAUGACUCAAGUUAAAGUUAAAGUCAACCAGUAUUUGGUUUUAAAUAUACUUAAGUAUCAAAAGUAAAUGUAUUUACUAAAAUAUAGGUAGGUAUCAAAAAGUAAAACUAAAAAUAAUUUCAAAUGCCUUAUAUUAAGCAAACCAGACGGUAAAAUUGUAUUGUUUUUUAUUUAUUUGUGGACAGCCAGGGCACACUCAGAUAUAAUUUACAAACGAAGCAUUUUUUGUUUUGUGAGUCCCCCAGAUCAGAGGCAGUAGGGAUGACCAGGAAUGUUCUCUUGAUAAGUGCGUGAAUUUGACAAUUUUCCUGUCCUGCUAAGCAUUCAAAAUGUAACGAGUACUUUUGGGGUGUCAUGGAAAAUAUUUGGUGUAAAAAUAACAUUAUUUUAUUUCGGAAUUUAGACUAGUGAAGAAAAAAGUGAAAGUUGUGAAAUAUAUUAAUGGUAAAGUACAGAUUCCCCCCAAAACGACUGCAUUACUACUUUUAAACUAGUUUUAUUUAAGUACUUUACACCACUGCUAAUUAAUAAUGUGAAAACAAUUAUGGUCUGAUUUAAUUCAACAAUGUUACCCAUUCACUAUGCAAUGUUUUAUUGUCUUAUAUACCCUUAUGAGUUAAUGACCAAUCACCACACAAAUGGUAGGCCUAUGUUUAUUCACUGGAAUGUUCAUGUUUUUUAUUCACGCUGGUAUGAUAGUUUCAAAUUGCCAUUGAUACAACUCAAAGUUUUUGAAAUAAGCUUGUAGUAUCAUCAUCAAAUGUGCAAGCCCAUAAAUGCAAGCAUAAGCAUGAUAGUGCAAUGCCAUCUGACUGUUGAUGAUUACAUUUGUAAAUAUUUAAUUGUAUUCGUCCUUAACAAAUGAAUUAUUAUUAGUAGUAGUAGCACUAGUAGUAUAUCCUAACCGUCUGGAUCUCCGUUACUCUAUCAGGAAUGGACAAUAGCAGCAGACUGAUGUUGGCAGUCGUCAUGGUAAUAGCGUACAUGGCGAUGAGAGGCCAGACCCAGAACUCCACACAGGCCCAGAACGCCACAAGUGCAGCUAAUACUACAGCUAAUGUUUACUACUCUUACGACCGUGGCACCUAUUGUCAACACCACCGUCACACCUCUUACGGUGAGUUGCCUAGGCUACAUGUCUCACUUGGUCUCACAGAGUCUCUGACUAGAAAAAGGAACCACACAUUUCCUCUCACUCUCUUUUUUUCCUCUCAACUAAUUAUCACUACUUCCCUCUCUAAAUGUAUCUCUUUCUUGCCCCUCUCUCUCUCUUCUCUCUCUCUUUCUCUAUCUCUUUGUUUCCUCUCUCUCUCUUUCUCUCUCUCUCUCUCUCCUCUCUCUCUCUCUCUCUGAAAUCAAACUGUAUUUAAAGUAAAUUUGAAGGAUUUCAACAAUAAACCUCACACGCUGCCAUGGAAACAGAAAGCAGAUUUAGCAAAGUGCCUGUUUGGGAGUUUCAUUUGCACUCAUAUACUACACUAUUUCAAAAGGAAUGACAAACAUGACAGCAACUAAUGAUGAACUCUUCAUACACAGGGAAAUAUCUUAAGGGCGGAAUGUGGAAAGACUCAGUUCUGUGCUGCUGUGCCAGACAACUGUGAUCCGUCCGUGGCUGGUUCCUGUUUCUUCGUCUCCACCAAGCAGUCCUCGGGACAGACCUUCUCCUUCCAGCUACGAGGAGUGUCCAGCGGCUACAUCGCUGUAGGCUUGUCCACAGACUCCAUACAGGUAUGGAAAACUGCCUUUAGAAUUACUAUACAUUUUACAAUACAAAGGAAAGGGAGUUGGGGUUGGGAUUUUGUCAAUUUGGGGUAUUGACAUUGACAUUUUAUUCAUGGGUUGGAAAGAAAUUGCCAAAAUGAAUACUUAUUAUUUGUUUAUUUGAAUUCAUCCUCUCUCUCCUCUACAGGGCGGUAAUGACACCACCUAUGUGUGUGCCAACAACAACGGCAUCGUCCAGUUUCUUCACCGCUCUCCUCGAAAAUGGAAAUCUGACCAAAACAACACAGUGAGUUGGUACCAAUCAAACCAGUGUUUUAAAAUUGUGGACUUUCUGGAAAAGACUUUCAGGGCGUGGUUUGAAUUCCAGGCAAAUUCAGGGAGGGUAGACUGUAGUCCAAUCAAUGAGUUUGAUUAGUUGGACAAUAUAAUUGAGAGCACAAGUAGCAGUAUGCAUGAACUGAAUUCCAUAUUUUCUGGGUGGUCAUUGAAGUUGGAUUUGACCCCAGUUUCCCUUUUCUUUUCCCCAAAGCAGCCUUUCCAAAAUUUUCCCCCACUAAGGACCCGGCACAUGUUUGGGUUUCCCAAACCCUCCAACUUGGGAAAAACGUUUUUAGUCAAAAAACAACCAAAAAAAAAAAAAAGGGGGAAAUUUGCAUUUUUUUCAGGGGGAAAAAAUUUGCCAAAAGAAAUUUUUUUUAAAAAAACCCCCCCCCCUCUGGGGGAAUACCCCCAUUUGUCCCAAAACCAACCCCCCCCCCCCCGGGGCCCCCCCCCAAAAAACCCAACACGGGUUGGCCAAACAAAAUUUUAAAGUACUUUUAAAAGGGGGGUUUUUUUUUGGGGGGAAUUGGGGGAACUGAAAAAUGAUUUGAUUUUCUUUUGGGGGGAAAUGAAAAACCCCACCCUUUUUUGGGGUUCUUGGUUGGUUUCCCCCCAUUUCCCUUUUUUCCCCAUUCACUUGGGCCAUUGGGAAAAUGCCCGGGAGAAAACAUUAUACUGCAAUUCUACAGUGUAGGCCUACUGACAUUUGUCUAAUGCUCAUUUGGUUUAAUACUGUUGUGUUGUGUUGUGUAGCUGCCUGUGAACUCUGUGAAAGGCUCAGUCAACAAUCAGACCAUCCAGUGCACCUUCUCUGCUACUGUCCCCAAUGCUACGGCCACCCGGAGCUCCGACACCAGCUUCUUCAUCCUCCAUCUCCAAUGGGACUUUUACUAAAGGUGAGGCACUCUUCCAAACACGCACCUGAUGAAAUUUCCCCUAGGUACAUAUCUAGGAUCAGUUCCCCUCCCCCAAUUAUCACCUUAACCAUUACUGGAGGAAAUGCUAAACUGACCUCAGAUCAGUAUAUAGGGGUCCAUCUCUAUCUCACACUCUCUCUCUCUCUCUCUCUCUCGCUCUCUAACUCUCUCUCUCUCCUUGUUUCUCGUCCCUCAGGAAUACUGGGUAGUCCCACUGCUGUCCUGGUCAGUAGUAAAGGGGUGGACCUGAGCAACUCCACCGCUACUGUGACCAACUCUUUGAACAACAUCACCACUACUGGUAAUGCCACCACUACUGCUAGACCCUCCACUACUGCUGCUCCCUCCAGCCACGCCUUUGUCCUGCAGCACACCCUGUCUCAAGGUAAUAAGCCCAUAAGAAGCACCACUAAGACUUUAUAAUUAUAAAUGAUAACAUGAUUAAGCAUUAAUGCUUAUUCAGAAAUAUUUUAUUUUUCAUUCAUAAGCAUGAAAAGCAAUUUAUUAAUAAAUCAUUUAUGAAGCAUUUAUAAAUGUGUAUGACCAUUUAUAAUGUUGUAAUUCAUGGAAGUUAUUCUAAAGUGUUACCAUAGUAACUAAUAUCAUAUAAUCCCAUGUUAGCUAGAGUAGAAAAUCAAUAUGAAAGGUUAAAUAAUGUCUCUCCUCUCUCUCUUUCUUUCUUUCCACCCCUCUCUCUCUCUCUCUCUCUCUCUCUCUGUCUCUCUCUCUCUCUCUCUCUCCUCCAUAGCUCUUCUGAUCCUGCUAGGUGUACUAGGUAUGAUGAUGCUGUAAUGCAGGUCUGAAGGGGACGCACCAUGCACUCAGGGAUCCUGCCUCCUUACCUUUACUCACCUUGGUCAGGCUGUGUCCCCAAAUUACACCCUGUUCCCUACAUAAUAAUAAUAAUAAUAAUAAUAUGCCAUUUAGCAGACGCUUUUAUCCAAAGCGACUUACAGUCAUGCAUGCAUACAUUUUUGUGUAUGGGUGGUCCCGGGGAUCGAACCCCCUACCUUGGCGUUACAAGCGCCGUGCUCUACCAGCUGAGCUACAGAGGACCACAAGUACAUAGUACUGUACUUUCACUAUGUAGGGAAUAGGGUGCCAGUUUGGACUCACUUUGGUACCAGAACAAAGGACCAUGUCAGAUCUGAAGUUAUAUGCUUAUAAGUGCAAUAAUGUUUUUCUACCUACUUAAUGAAACACCUUCUAGUUGGGGGUAGUAGGACAUUAACCUACCGAAUGGACUCAGUGAUACAAGGACAAGUACUAACAUAUUGUGAUGAUUGACAAUACCGUUUAAAGGAAACAUUUAAUUAAUUUAACCUCAUAUUCAUCAUCUCUAGCACCACCCCAAACAUCAUAUGUGAAAAUGGCACGUUUCUAUGGGGAUAUAAGUAUAUGGAGGAUAAUUUAUUUCUUAAAGAGACAUUUGAACUUCAUAUUCAUUAUCUCCAGCAACACUCCAAAAUCAACACUUACCUUCUUCUACUUUGUUGACCACAAAACAUAGAAACCAUCCAUUUUAAUAUACAGUAUGCUGACGUUGGAGUGUUGCUGGUGUUGAUGAAGAUGAACUGUCCCUUUAAGAAAUGAGAAGUUUGUGUAAAAACAGAUCCUCCAUAUUCGUAUAACCCCCAUGUCAUCCCCUACAUGUAAUUAAUUUAUUUGUGACAAAGGAUGUUUUUUUAAAUUCUGCAUUUGUUGAUGUCCCUUUAUGAAGGAAGACUUACGUUUGUCUGUGUUUCUUGGUGGAUAUGUGUGAGUGAGUGUGACUGUGUGCAAAUAUUUGUAUAGUGAUGAGUGUCCGCAAACAUACCCCCCACUGGGCAAAGACGUCAAUUCCACGUCUAUUCCACGUCGGUUCAAUGUAAUUUCAUUAAAAUGAAAUGGAAACGUUGAUUCAACCAGUGUUUGCCAAGUGGGCUACAGAUGAAGUCGCAAGGGCUGCAUUUAGACAGGCAGACGAUUUCUGAUAUUUAUUCCCUAUAAUUGGUCUUUUCAACAACAACAUCAGAUCUUUUCACAUCAGAUUUUUUUCAUAGCUGAUCAAAAU